AUGAUCUGGGGAAAUCAUUCACUGCUGAUGGAAUUUGUGUUCCUGGCCUAUCCCUCCCAACCAGAGCUCCGUGUCUUAUCCUUCCUUGGAGUCAGCCUAGUUUAUACCUUGAUUAUCAGUGGGAAUGUCCUAAUUAUAGUGGCCAUCCAGACAGAAGCCCGUCUACACACAUCCAUGUACUAUUUCUUGGGCAGCCUCUCAGGAGUGGAAAUAUGCUACACUGCUGUGGUGGUGCCCCACAUCCUGGCCAACAUCCUACAGUCAGAGAAGACCAUCACCCUCCUGGGCUGUGCCACUCAGAUGAUCUUCUUCAUCGGGCUUGGCAGUGCUGAUUGCUUCCUCUUGGCCUCCGUGGCCUAUGACCGGUAUGUUACCAUCGGCCACCCCUUGCAGUACCCUCUCACCAUGACUUUAACUCUCUGUGUCCGCUUAGUCGUGGCCUCUGUGGUCAUCGGCUUGUUCCUGUCCAUACAACUGGUGGCCUUCAUCUUCUCUCUGCCAUUCUGCUGGGCUCAGAGUAUCGAGCACUUCUUUUGUGAUGUGCCACCCGUGAUGCAUCUUGUUUGUGCCAACAGCCACAUCCAUGAGCAGUCAGCUGUGGCAGCCACACUGGCCAUUGCCAUGCCCUUCUUCUUCAUUGCCACCUCCUAUGUCUUCAUCGUUGCUGCCGUGCUCAAGAUCCACUCCGCAGCGGGGCGUCACCAGGCCUUCUCCACCUGCUCCUCCCAUCUUUCUGUGGUCCUGCUGCAGUAUGGCUGUUGCGCCUUCACGUACCUGCGCCCCAACUCCAUCUACUACCCUAAGCAAGAUCAGUUCAUCUCCCUGGUGUACACAUUGGGAACCCCAAUGCUCAACCCACUUACCUACACCCCGAGGAACAGUGAAAUGAAGGGGAUUCUGGGGAGAGUUCUUACCAGGAAUUGCCUCUCCCAUAACAAAUAG